AUGGUAGCGGCCAAACAAGUUUUGUAUCAUCCGAUCUUAUCUCAGCCUUUCUUCUCAUUAGGAUUUACAGCUCUAUCGCUACUUCUAUUAGUACUAGUGUUGUUAUCUGUUCCAGGUCCUAUAAAGGGAUUAUAUUGGUUCACCGUGAAAGAUGAAGAGGGCGGCUCGAUCUCUGCUGGUGUUUUAGGAUGGUGCAUGACUGAUACUAGUAAUUGUACUUAUGCUCCUUUAUCUGACAACCCUUAUCUUUCAACUAUGAUCGACACAGGGGAAGCUUUGAUCGUCCGAACCAUAUUACCUUUAUCUUGUUAUUGGAUGAUAGUCACAUUCCUCUUAUGGAUCUUGUUAACAGCCUUAUCGCCUAUGGGAUAUAAGAUUAAAGAUUUAGAUUCCAUUACUAGACAUCUGAGGUUUUCCGUCGUCGAAUCUUUCGUUAUUUGUAUGAGUCUUUUCGGUAAUAUAUUAUGUUGGUUGGCUUUUGGUUUGGGUAGAACAGAUUAUUUAAGUGCUGAAGAUGGUGGUGGAGAUCCUGAGAGUGGUAAUGCCAUGGAAACUACUGCCGUGGCAUCGUUCAUCUCUCUCUUAUCCCUUUUCACCGCUGUCUGGGGUCUUCACCUACGUAUCCGAUCUGCUCAAGCCCAAUGGAAGGAAGAAGCAGUCAUGGUUCGUAGGCGAUCGAUGGCUUUGUGCGCUUCUGGAGUAGUCAAUCCAGACCAAGCCGAGAUAUUAGGUGUAAGAGAAGAAAGCGGUUUGGAGAAAAGAUUGUCGAUGCUAUCAGAUAACAGUUUUAGGCUUGGAGAUAAUCAAGCAAAUCUCAAUCAGAGUGUCAAUCAUAGAAAUUCAACUUAUAAAGCUACUUACCAACCUCAACCUCAGCCCAACCUUCAACCACAACCCCAACCUAGAUCUCGACCCAGACGAGACACUCAAGAUAGAGAGAGUGAAGAAAGGUUAGAAGAAGAUAACUCAACGAUGAUCACAAGAGUCUCUUUACACGAUUCACCCUACACUGCAGCUCAUGUGAACCCGAAUUGA